AUGAGAGGUUUCAGUUUUGCCUUUGUUCUGUUCUCUGCUGUGGGUUUUCUCCCUUGGACUCCUGUGACUGGGCUCAAGACUCUCCAUUUGGGAAGCUGUGUGAUCACUGCAAACCUCCAGGCAAUACAAAAGGAUUUUUCAGAGAUUCAGGAUAGUGUGCAAGCCGAAGAUGAAAACAUAGACAUCAGAAUCUUAAGAAGGACUGAGUCUCUGCAAGACACAGAGCAUUCGGAGAGAUGCUGUCUCCUCCGCCACUUAGUGAGAUUCUAUCUGGACCGAGUAUUCAAAUUCUAUCAGAAUCCUGACCAUCACAUCCUCCGAAAGACCAGCAGCCUCGCCAAUUCUUUUCUGAUCAUCAAGAAGGACCUCUCCAUCUGCCAUUCCCGUAUGGCAUGCCAUUGUGGGGAAGAAGCAAUGAAGAAAUACAACCAGAUUCUGAGUCACUUCACAGAGCUUGAGCUUCAGGCCGCGGUAGUAAAGGCGUUGGGGGAAAUAGGCAUCCUUCUGAGAUGGAUGGAGGAGAUGAUGUGGAUGAAGUGA